AAUAACCAAAUACGACGAUGACGGGUUUAGUCGUUAACGUGUACAUUUGUGGUUCGCAAAUGGUUCAAUACCAAUAACCCAUUUCAGCUCUCUCACUGAGUGAGUAGAAAUGAAGUAAUUGUAGAGAAAGGUCGGAAGAUAGGCGGUGUAUCUAUGGAUAUUUCAGCCAUGGCCUCUGUUCAUCUUAGAUCUCACAAUCUUUUGCCUGUGAACCCAAAUGGAAGAUCAUUUUUUCAUAGACGAACGACGGCCAAACCCCUGAAGAAAUUCAGAAUUCAAGCUGAUAUAGAAACCCAAGUCGCCUCUUCCAGAACCCAGAGGAUAAUGGAGGGCAUAUCAGUUUCAGGGGAAGUUGGUGGUGCUGGUGGAGCUUAUUCAUACAAUGCAUUGAAGCGGUUGGAUCAAAUUUGGUCCACAAUUUGCUCUGGCCAAGAAGUACCUGAAGCCACACAAGAAGUCGUUCGUCGUGUUUCUGGUGCAUUUAGCCAUUCUGAUUUGGGAGAGAAGGCCAUUGACACAUUUGAUGUGUUGGUGUGUGGAGGUACUUUGGGAGUCUUCAUAGCAACAGCUUUGAGUUUGAAGGGUCUUCGUGUCGGUAUAGUCGAAAGAAAUGUUCUGAAAGGGAGGGAACAAGAAUGGAACAUUUCAAGAAAAGAGCUGUUGGAACUCGUUGACGUUGGAGUUUUAACAGAAGAUGAAAUUGAACAAGCUACGGCUAUGAAGUUUAAUCCUAACAGAUGUGCAUUUGAAGGGAAAGGCGAAAUCUGGGUUGAAGACAUCCUCCAUCUUGGUGUCUCUCCAGAGAAGCUUAUAAAGAUUGUGAAGAAACGUUUCAUUUCUCUUGGUGGAGUCAUUUUUGAGGGCUGCAAUGUUUCAAGCAUUUGCAUAUAUGAUGAUAUGACUGUGAUGCAACUUUCUGAUGGGAACAUUUUAUCUUCUCAACUCACUAUAGAUGCAAUGGGGAAUUUUUCACCUGUGGUGAAACAGAUAAGACGUGGGAGGAAACCUGAUGGUGUUUGUCUAGUUGUUGGAUCUUGUGCUCGUGGAUUUAAGGAUAACUCAACAAGUGAUGUAAUUUACAGCAGCUCAUCCGUAAAGAAGGUUGGGAGCUCAGAAGUUCAACUUUUCUGGGAGGCAUUUCCAGCCGGGUCAGGUCCUGUGGAUCGAACUACUUACAUGUUUACAUACAUCGAUCCUCAACCAGGGUCACCAAAACUCGAAGAACUUUUAGAAGAAUACUGGGAUUUAAUGCCAAAAUAUCAGGGAGUCUCUCUUGAUGACUUAAAGAUAAUGAGAAUUAUAUAUGGCAUCUUUCCAACUUAUCGUGACAGCCCGCUGCCAGCUGCUUUUGAUCGUGUCCUACAGUUCGGAGAUGCAAGUGGCAUUCAGUCACCUGUUUCAUUUGGUGGCUUUGGGAGCUUGACUAGGCACCUUGGAAGGCUGUCAACUGAGAUGAUAUGGAAGCACAAAGUUACAAAAGUUCAUAUCUUGUUGAUUUCAAAAGGGAUAUAUGAAGCUGUAACCGGCAACUUCCUCGACUCCGAUAGCUUAUCACUGCUGAAUCCUUACAUGCCAAAUUUAAGUAGUUCGUGGUUGUUUCAAAGAGCUAUGUCAGUAAAGCAACGAUCAAACAUUUCUCCAUGUUUUAUCAAUGAGCUUCUUCAUGUAAACUUCCAGAGUAUGCAGAGAUUGGGGGAUCCAGUGCUCAGACCAUUCCUUCAGGAUGUUGUGCAGUUUGUACCUCUUACCCAAACCCUAGGUCUAGUUAUGUUAACUAAACCUCAACUUCUUCCAUCAAUAUUCAAACAGGUCGGCAUCUCAGUGCUGCUUGACUGGACUGGACAUUUUGGCAUGCUUGGCUACUACACAUUUCUCUCGACAUUUAUCGAUCCAAUUGUAAGGUCAUUCCUAAGUUCACUAACACCAAAGAUGAAAUUCGAGUGGAAACGACGACUUGAGGCCUGGAAGUAUGGAGCUGGUUUAGAUUACAAGCUAUGAAGAACAAGUUUGAGAAAGAAACAGGAAGUUGAGAAGUUAUAUAUUUUCAGCCUCAGGCAUAAUAUCAACAUUCGAUCUUUGUAUAACUUAGCUAGCAAGCAGUAACAUCCUACACUCCAUCUGUGAAGAUGGAAAUAUGAUACUCUAUUAUUUACAAAUAGAUAUACACAAGAUAAACAACAAAAGGUUAAAAAAAAAAA